AUGCCUUCGGUGGAGCAGCGACGGAGCCAUGGGCGCAAGAAGCCGCGGAGCAAGACGUAUUCAGGUUGCUGGACGUGUCGUGCACGCAAGGUCAAAUGCGGCGAGGAGAAACCAAGCUGCCGACGGUGCAGUGUGGCCUCUCUGGUGUGUCAAGGCUACAAUGUGAAACUUGUCUGGGGUCCAGAUGACGGGGAUGAUCGUCGAAACUUGGUCGCCCGUCGAUCCACCUUGGAUGGCCACGAACACCUACGGCCCGUCCUCAGUCACCGCUUUCUCCAGUCCGCGUUGAACCAGAUCGAUGCUUGUAAGGCAGACGCCAGCUUGCAAGUCGGGCCCUUUUCGGUGUUUGCCGCCAGCCCGUUGACUGAAAACGAAGACAGAGUUGUCGGUGGCGCAGGGCCUGUGCAAUUUGUAGACCCAGGAAAUGCGCCCGACACUGACGAGGACGAGCUUGAGUCUGUUUCGCCCCCGGAUGUCAGCUGGAUCGAUACCCCGGACCCCAGCCUUCUAGACGAGGAAGAUGACAUCGCGACCAACGAGAUCGAGAUCGCGACUGACGAGAUCGCCCUCAACGAACAUGUCACACCAGACGGUGCUGCUACCAACUCCGCGAUAGGAUUGAAGCAACAAAUCAUCCCCCACCUUCCUCUCUAUCUGUCGUCGUCGUCGCCCGACGAACGCCAGCUACUUCGGUUCUGGAUUACGGACCUAAGCGGAAUGAUGAUUCCUACCCCGCGCAAGGACAAUCCCUUCCAGACCAUCUUCAUUCCACUGGCACUAUCAGCGUCCCAAGAUCCCGAUCUGGGCUCAGGACACGCGGCGCUGCUGCAUGCCAUCUAUGCUGUCUCGGCUUUCAACCGAGCGCAAGUGUCGGAGACCAAGGAGCAUUUUCUAGCGGUAGGCACCAAACACCACCAAAAGAGCAUGCAGUACUUGCGACGCAAUCUCACGCAGACCGGAGAGAGUCAGCGCGAAGCCCUUUUAGCCACCAUCAUUGCCAUGUCGUCGAUUGAGGUCAUCCGAGGCACUUCAUCCACCUGGCGCAUCCAUCUGACGGGCGGGAGAACCUGGUUGCAAGCCAUCUGCGCCCAAGGCUGGGCGAACAAGUACAGUGCCAAUACUCUGCAGCAGAUCUUCCUCUGCAUCGAGGCUCUGAAUUCCCGGCACCGGAGAAGUGCCGGAGCGCAAGACCCGCAAGUUCCGGCCGAUCCAUUGAUGAUCGAGGGCGGUAGCCCGGUAGAAUACACCUGGACCGAAUAUAUCCUGGACAAGGUAUUCGGCAUCACCGAGGGCAUCUUCAACAGUCUGCUUCGCAUCAACCAGCUUUCACGGCGUGGUGCUCCCGCGCCAUCUAACGAGCUGGACGAGCUGGAACAGCAGAUCAAGCUCAGUGACCCGGAUGCCCUGGUGCCCGAGGUGGGUGAAGAGUACGACCAACUGACCCAACAUCAUGCCUGUGCAUUCUACAACGCCUGCUUGAUCCAUUUUCAUCGGACUCUGAAACGGACCGCUCCGGCCCGACUGCAGAGGCUGGUGCGACGAAGUCUGUACCAUCUGGGCGAGAUCAACCGAUUGGAGAGCGACAAGAACGUGUGCGGUCUCCUGUGGCCCCUGUUCAUCACGGCCUGCGAAGUUGAUGUCUCCAGUAAGCUGCGACAUACGUGCAUCCGCCUGUUUGAUAAGGGCCACCUCCUCGGCAUCGGCAACAUGUGUUCUGCCGCCAACGUGGUCCUGGAAGUCUGGCAAAGGCGGGACGAGGACCAGCUGGGGGUGGAUAUCACCUGGCAGGAUGUCAUGGACGAUCUAGGCAUUGACAUUCUGCUGACAUAA